AUGCAAAAAUAUUUAAAUAAUAAUAGAUUGCUUGAUCUGAAUGAAAUAAAUAUAACUUCGAAUGAAAAUGAAUUAGAUAAUAAUCCUAGUAGUAUAAUAAUUCGUGCAGAUUUAACAAAUAAAAAAAAAUUAAUAUGUGAAAAAUUUGAUAUAACUAUGCUUUUAUUAGAUGAAUUUGCACCUAUCAAUAUUAUUUGGUUACUAUUAGCUAUUAUUUGUUCUCUUAUUGAAGAAGCCAGUAAAGCAAUUAGUUAUGCAUUAACAACUUUAAUUUGGUCUAUAAUUACAUUUAUUCUGAAUGAUCGACCUAUUUAUCAAAUAAAUUGUAAUCAAGAUUUUGGUCAAUCAUAUCAAAAUGAAUCUUCUCAUUCAUAUGUUAUAUUAAAUGCAUUAACAAAAUUAAAUAUUAGUUCAAUAUCUAAAACAUGUUUAGACUAUAAUGAAGGAGAUAAUUGUAAUUCAGAUGAUUUUUCACACUUAAAUUGUUCAAUAGAUCGUAUUCGAUAUGUUUAUAUAUCAUAUGAUUUUGUUGAUGAAACAUUUGAAAAUUAUUUAAAUACAGUAUGA